AUGGUGACCAUCCGGGGCGUGAACCUGGGCAUGUCUCUGUCUGAGCUGCAGGGGCGGGUGGAGGUGGCCGGGGUCCCAUGUCACGCCCGAUCCGAGGGUUACAUCACUGCAGAACAGCUGGUGUGUGAGAUGGAUUCAGCACCUCUGGGCAGUUCUCCCGGGCCGGUGCAGCUGUGUGUAUCAGAAUGCAGGCCAGAACUAAGCACACAGUCUUCUCAGCACUACACAUUUGUGGACAGAGUCAGUAGCAGAGAAGAUGCUGACGAAUUGGUUUGCCUUCCUCCUCACAAGUUCCUGAAGGAGUGUGUGAGUGAGCCCCUCUUCAUGCUACACUGUGCUAUAAAGCAGCAGAUGGAGAAGGGGCCGAUCGACGCCGUUACAGGAGAGGCGCGGUACUCCCUCAGCGAGGAUAAACUCAUCCGCCAACAGAUCGACUACAAAACACUGACGGUGUGCUGUGUGGAUGGAGACCAGGAGAAUGGGGGGAUGGAGGUGGUGGUGAAGGUGUUAAACUGUGACACCAUCACGCAGGUGAAGGAGAAAAUCCUCGACGCCAUCUAUAAGAACGUCCCAUACUCUCAGAGACCGCGUGCAGGCGAUAUGGACUUGGAAUGGCGUCAGGGCCGCACAGCGCGCGUGGUCCUGCAGGACGAGGACAUCACCACUAAAAUUGAAAACGACUGGAAGAGACUCAACACACUUGUUCACUAUCAGGUGUCUGAUCGCUGUGUGAUGGCUCUGGUACCUAAGCAGAUGUCCUCCUACAACAUCUCGACAUCGGCCAGCUUCCCGCAGAGCUUCAGCCGAUACGAUGCAGUCCUUCGCUCCGUGUCCGCGGGCAGUCCGGACUUCUCACACUCCCUGGUGCCGAUGAUCACGCCAGAUAUGGAGAGCAGCGUUAAAGUUUGGCAUCUGGUCAAAAACCACGAACACGGAGACCAAAAAGAAGCUGAUCGCGGCAGCAAGAUGGUGUCUGAGAUCUACCUGACCCGCCUUCUGGCCACCAAGGGGACGUUGCAGAAGUUUGUGGACGAUCUCUUCGAGACGCUCUUCAGCACGGCGAAUCGGGGCAGCGCGCUCCCGCUCGCCAUCAAAUACAUGUUCGACUUCCUGGAUGAGCAGGCGGACAAACACGGCAUCCACGACCCCGACGUCCGACACACGUGGAAGAGCAACUGUCUUCCUCUGCGCUUCUGGGUGAACGUGAUCAAAAACCCUCAGUUCGUGUUCGACAUCCAUAAGAGCAGCAUUACGGACGCGUGUCUAUCCGUAGUGGCUCAGACCUUCAUGGACUCGUGCUCGACCUCGGAACAUCGACUCGGCAAGGACUCGCCCUCGAACAAGCUCCUCUAUGCUAAAGACAUCCCGCACUAUAAGAGCUGGGUGGAGCGGUACUAUGCCGAUAUAAGCCGUCUGCCGUCCAUCAGCGAUCAGGACAUGAACGCGUAUUUGGCCGAGCAAGCGCGUCUUCAUUCGCACGAGUUUAACGCGCUCAGUGCCUUGCACGAGAUCUACGCCUACGUCAGGAAGUACAGCCAGGAGAUAGUGCAGUCUCUGAAGCAGGACCCGUUGGCCCAGAAACAAAGACUCGCCUACAAACUGGAGCAGCUCAUUGCAGACAUGGAUCAUGAGAGCUGAUCUGAGAUCCCCGACCCCACCCCACCCCACCUCCAAAAAAAAAAAAAAAAAAAAAUGGACAAAAAUCAUCAACUGAUCAACUGAGAAAGAACUGAAAUGAGAUUUCAAGUUGGACGAGUCACGGUGACGAGUGGUUAACCUUCCAGCUUGAUUUCGAAGGCUUCAGUGCGUCACGGUAUCCUCUCACGUCCUCACUUUUUUAAAAAGAGACAUUAAAUACCAUGAAACUAAAUCUCGACCUAGCUUUUUGUGCUAGCAUUUACCACAGCAGUGUAACUGUAAUAAAACUAACGGUGUAAAUAUUUUAGAUUUCCUCAUCGCAGCUACGUGACUCCAGCCUACAGAACACAGAGGCUCUCCUGAGGAAAAGACAGAUAGAUGUUAUUAGAUAAACAGCGCCAUCUACUGCAUGAAGUGAGAAGUUCUGCACCAGUUCUCAACUUUGAGGAAGAAAACAAAUACAAAAAAAGAAAAAAAAAAGAAAAAAAUGAUAGCUUCCUCAUUAAAAUUUCAGACUUAUUACAUUCUUACACUUUCAUAUACACGUUUGCUAAUAAAGGGGGGUGCGGAGGUUUUGGGUUUUACAUUAUGCAUGAGAGAAAUAUGCUUGUUAUUUAUUACUCCAAGCUCAUAAACAUUUUUAUUAGCUUCGAUGUGACUCGUGUCUGUAACGGGUGUAAAACUGGAGAGCUGAAGAGAAAUGACUUUCACAGUGGACCGAUUUUAAUUACACCAGUAAAAAAGCUCUGUGUACUGUACGUGGACCAUGAAUUUAGCUAGGGCCAAACGUCAUGUCUUUCCAAAUAAAAUGCAGGUUUGUGUGUAUGAAAGUGGGUGUUGUUUACAGAAUGUGCGUCCACCAUGACGUGUCCUUUCUCAAGAGGGUUUUGUGCGAUUACUAUUUAUAUUAAUAUAGGUCGUCUCUUAUACUUGAAAGAAGCGAACGUUAGCGUCGUUUGUUUUCCGUCACUGUACUGAUGAGCUUCCAGAGUCUUUGUGUACACACGUUCCCUUUCUUACACGCGUGACAGUCACGUGUCCGUGCUGGUUGAUGAUACGUGCCAGAUACAGGGAUUUUGCAACAAACCUGAUUUGUAAGAUGUCAAAUUGGAGCUGUAUAGAAAACUUCAGCGUGAUAUUUUAGUCUAUCGAUCAUGAUUCUGAAGUUCACAGGUUUGACUCCUGACCUCAUCAAUAAUUCAGAUGAUUAUUGUUUUUUUGUGUUUAACCCUAAACAUUUUAUUGUGCUCCCUCGUGUUUUUGCAGGUAUUAAUUUAUUUCUUAUUCUCGUCUGGUUUAAUGUCUUGUCCAUGCGUUUCUUCAUGGCGGUGAGUAAAACCAGUAUCGUCAGUUCACGGUGUAACACACAACCCUGUUUUACGACUUUAGUAAAAAUGUGAUUGUAUUUUAUUUAUUUAUUUCAUGUUUUGUUUUUUUUUACAGCUCGAUUUAUUGUGUAUUCAAACUGUAAAUAGUAAACAUUCCUAUUUUGCAAUUAUCCCCCCACUUUUUUUUUAAACAGUUGUAACAAAUUAAAUAAAAUCAACUAAUCAAAACGUCAGUAUAUGUUAAUCUCUGAUGUUAUUUUUGGUGUUACUUGCCAGUCAUUUACUGAGCUGUUAAUUAAUACCCAGCAAUUGUUAGAAACUCUAUAUAAUCUAAUAGUAAUCUAAAAGUUAUUAACAAAAGUUUGAUCAAGUUUCUUUAGUGUGGAAACAUUGUGCAGCCCAUAGACCCGAAUGAAGGGGACAGGUAAAGGGUAAAACACCAGAAGCCAGAGAAAUGAAAAGAGCCGAAGCUACAGAGGUUCUUCCAUACUUUACAUACCAAGAGCUGUACACGUGCAUGUAAUGUUUUGUGAAACUGUUCAUGCAGGCUCUGAUGGUGACUCAGACGGUGGAUGAUGGGAAGCUGAAUCCUGUGAAGCAGUGAAAUGUAGAAAAUUCAUGCAUAUUUGUCCAAUGCCACUGUAAUAAGAUCUGGUUUGUUUGUGUGUCAGUUCAGCUUUAUUAAUAUUAUACUGAAUUCAGUGUUGAUUGUACAAAAGUGAUCACAGUUUGCGAACCACGAUAUUGUUAAACAGUUAAGAGGUCUGCCUUCUCAUAAACCAAUACAUGCAAAACAUUCAGGGUUUUUAUUUUUAUUUCUCCCUCUCAAACUUCACACCCCACCUUCACUUCAUCCAGCGACUGUCACUUGAAGUUUUUAUUUAUUCUGUGGACGGUUGGAGAAGGAAUGGAAGAACGAAUGGUAGUAGUCACAAUGCAUAUCGUCUCCUGUAUAAUUAAUAGAUAUCACAGGGUUUCAAAUGUAUCUUAAUACUGUAAUAAAUCCCACACAGAUUGCUAAGGGUGUAGUAAGCGUGUUCUUUCAAGAUGUUUUAUUUAUUUAUUAUUUAAAGGUCCCAUAAAGUUAGAUGGACAAGACAGGUCCAAGCUCAGCAGCAUCUCCAAUCAGUCUUUAACACUUGGCAAGUUCCUGAUUAAGUCUGUUGGAGAGUGAACGUUCUGAACCGAAUCCUGUUGUGUCCGAUGUCUCUUUUAAUGCUGCUCAGUUUAUAAUGUCAAAUUUAAUUUGUCGGAACGAUCCGAUUCCCAAAAGUGUGUCCUCUCUCUCUGUUCCAAACCGAGGGCAGAGAUUUACUGAGCCUUCUGAUAAUCACCUCCUGCUGUUCACAAGCCAGAUUUGUCCCUGGUAUUAAAAGUGGCAUCCAGAUGAAAGUCCGACCGUAAAUAUCACAAUUAACUCUCCUUCCUGUUUAAGACUGGGAUUGUACAGAGGACAAUACUGAAAGCUAACGAGGAAGCAUUAAACGUCCAGCAGUUGGUGUUUUGAUUUCAACAAAGGACGUUUCAUUGAUACAAACAGCUGAUAGAUAAAUCCCAAAGUCUAAAAGACCGAGGCAUUAUGAGCAGGAACACAUCCACUGGCUAUCUUUAGCUCAUUCUCACAGCGCACUCAGAGGUGAUGAUACGAAAACAACUUUACGGCCAAGCUAGAUGAACUUUCUUGGUAUUCUUGUCUCCGGCUCCUGCCAAAAUCAGAUUCAGUUGCACACGAUGUCCGACUGUUGCGUUGGUGUAGGUUCAGUACUGACUUUAUCAGUUGACAUGCUGUAUGUACCGUCAUUACAGUAAAGACUUCAAUCAGUUCCUCAUUAGCUUUCUCACAGCGAGAAAGCGACAGGAUUAAUAUCAUGUUGUGUUCACUGUAUUAAACGCAUUAGUCACCAAUGCACUGUACAUUUCG